AAAAAAAUUAUAAAAUUAAUAUAAAAGGCAAUAUCAGCGCUCAUGGUUGUGCAGGUUGCGUCUUGUCUUCCACUAUACUCUGUGCAGAUAUUGGGUUUUCCUUCCCUUCUCUCUGCAGCGGUUUCCAUGGCUUCUGUGAAUCGUUGGUUGCGACCUGAGGUCUACCCUCUGUUUGCCGCCGUUGGGGUUGCUGUCGGAAUCUGCGGGUUUCAGUUGGUCCGUAACAUUUGCAUCAAUCCUGAAGUCAGGGUAAACAAACAGAAUAGAGCUGCUGGAGUGUUAGAGAACCAUUCAGAAGGAGAAGUGUAUGCGGAACAUGGUUUGAGGAAGUUCGUUCGGACCAAAACGCCUCAGAUAAUGCCUGGGAUUAACGACUUCUUUACCAGCCCAAAAUGAGUCCAAUGAUUCCAGUUAGUGAAUAAUUCUUGAGGUCUUCACUAUUACCGUGGUAUUACCAUUGUUGUUUCCAUUGUUUUGAGGUUGAACCUUGUCAAUGUGAAUGGAUGGUUAUAAUGAGUUGGUUUGAUAUCCUUCUGUGUUUUCUUUUGAAGUAAAACCACAAGAUGCUCGACCCAAAUAAGUAAAUGAAAACUACAAGAUGCCCCUUGUUAUUAUUCUUA